AUGGAAAAAAGAAAAAUUUUAAGAAUAGGAAAAAGUGUUGUACAUGGGCGAGCAGGCCCAUUAAGAGGGGAAAUGGAUAACGGCGAAAAUUAUGAAAGGGCUAAUAAAAGAAAUGAAGAAAAUUUUAGUGAAUAUAAUAAUAAUAAAGAAAAUUAUACAAAUUCUCGAUUUAAUAAUAACCAAGUUAAUGAAAAUCGAAAUUAUGAAAAUAAAUAUGAAGAUGCAAAAAACACAACUGAGGACAUAUUAAAUAGCCAUUAUAACAAAGAUGAUAGUGAAAAUACCAGUGUCGAUAUUUUUGAGCAAUUACUUCAAAGAGAGCUAGCCAAAGGGGCUUUAGGAGGUGGAGUUGUCGAAAAUAAUCCAAACAAAAUGAAAGGAAAUAUGGGUAAAAUUCAUGACAAUAAUGCCAAUGACAUAAAAUAUAAUGUAAACACUAACAAAAAUAACAAUUUAGAUAAAUAUUCAAUAAAUGAUCAAACAAACGGAAAUAAAAAUAUGACCAAUACCAAUACUAAUAAUGAAGAAGAAGAUGGUGAUGAUAUGUCUAAAAUAAAAUUAAGUGAUCGAAUUAACAAUUCAGUAGUAAGAUAUAGAAUACAUGGAUAUAAUGAGAUAAUAAGAAUAUUCUCAAAUAAUGAUGAUAUGAAUAAAAAAAUAGAAAUAAUAAACGAACUAUUUAGAGAUGAAGAUUGUGUACUAAAGUAUAUAUCAGACAAUAAUGUUAUAUGCCAAUUAAAAGCUAGUGAAAUGACAGAAGAAUAUUUAAAUGUUUUAAAAGAAAUUUAUUUUUAUAAUUAUAAAGAUAAAUAUAAAACAGAAGAUGCACUAAUUGAUUCAUUUGUGAAUGAAUAUAGAAAUAAGUUAUUUAAUUUAUUUAGUAAAAUUUAUAUUGUUUUAUGUGAAAAAAUAUUAACAAAUGUAAAAUCGUUUGAUAAUGGAUUUAAUAUAAUAAGUAAAAUAAUAGAAUAUUGUUCAAGUGAUAAAACAACAUUAAAUAUAUUAACAAUAUUAUCUGAUCAUAUGAAUUCGAUAUAUAUGAAAGCUAAUAAAUCGAUUGUAAAUAUAAAAGGGAUAAAAAUAAAAGUAGUAGCAUCCAUGUUAUUAUUAUUUUAUAAAUUGUUAAAUUCUUUUAAAGCGAAUGUUAUAUGUGUAAAGACAAUAAAUAAAUGUUGUCUAAAAUUUAAUGAAAUGGUAGAUAAAUCAGUUAAAACGAAUUUUUAUUUAUUAUAUAUAGAAAUUCUUACUCAAGUUAAAAAUAAAGAAUUUCAAAAUUGUAUAUUAAAUGAAUUAAAUAGUCAACAAAAAAAUUAUAUAACAAAAGAAUUACAAAAAGAUCAAAAUGGAGAACAUCCAAAAAUUGAUGAAAAUUUUAAAACGUAUUUAACAAAUCAACCACAUUUAGAUGAAAUAGCUAAUAACAUAGCAAAUAAUGGAUUUAUGAUAACUCCAGCAAAUUUAAUAGAUGAAACGGAUGUCUUUAAAGAGAUUUGUACAAAACAAUGGGAAAAAAGAGUUUUAGAAGGUUGUGUAGAUAAUAAUACUAAUAGUAAUAAUAAUGCAAAUAAUAAUAACACAUCAUUGAGUAAUGAAAAUUUAUUACCAUGGAAAAUAAAAGUAGAAGCAAUUAAUUUAUUAUAUGAGAAAAUAAAAUCAAAAUUUGCUAUAAAAAAAACAGGUUAUAUAACUACAAUAUUAGGCAUUAUCUCUAAAUUAUUAAAAAAUGAAUCUGCAUUACCUGUUGUUGUAUCAACUUUAAAAUUACUUCAUAUAUUAAUCGAAAAGUUUGAAAAAGAUAUAUAUACUACUGUCAAGAAAUUUUCAUUUGUUUUAUGCUCUAAAUUGAAAGAUUCAAAUAAACAAGUUUCUAAUGCUUGUAUGGAAUGUUUAACAAAAGCUAUUAUUGUAUAUAAUAUAGAUAUAUUUAUAGAUGAUUUAUCUAAAAAUUUUAAGGAUAAAAAUAAUAAUACCAGAUUAUUAACAUUAGAAUUUAUAAUUAAAGUGUUUGAUCAUAUAGAUAAAAAAAAUAUAAUAACUAUAAUUGAUAUAACAAAGCAUUUAUUAAAUGAUACUGUUGCUAAUAUUAAAAAUGCAGCUUUUAAAGUUUAUGCUAUGAUUAUAGCUAAUUAUACUGAAGAAAUUUAUCCCUCUUUUUUCAAUUCCAUUUCGGCUAGCAAAAAAAAAUCUAUAUUAGCUCUUUGCUCGUCUGUUCAGGUUGCAAAAAAACAAAACAAAGCAGACAAACAAGAAGAUAAAGAAAGCCAAAACUCAAAAAGACAGAAAGAAUAUGAAAAAAAUGAUGCAUUUAAAAAUUCUAAUGUAAAUAAUGAAGAGCAUUCAGAUAACACACUUUCAAUACCUAACAAUAUUAUGAACAAUUUAAAUUCAACAAAUUUUGUGCAUAAAAUUGAAGCACUAAAUUCAAUAAGUGAUUGGCUAAAAGAAGGUGAAAACAUUAACAAUAAUAAUUUUGAUUUUGAAAAAUUAGUUAAUAUAAUUAAAACGAAUUGUUAUGAAUUUAAAGGCAAAUAUAGCCAAUUAAAUUUAGCUAUAUAUGAUUUUUUUAACAAGUUUAUAGGCAUUUUGUUUAAUUGUAAUUUUAGUAAUAAUAAUAAUAAUUCUUUUAUAAAAAUUAUGAACACGUUAAUAUGUUUAUAUCUCGAAAAAGUAGCUGAUCCGAAAGAGGGAAUAAUUUGCAGCGAUUUUAUAAAUAAAUGCUUUCAAUAUUUUGAUAAUAAUAUUAUUAUAGACAUACUUAUAAAAAACAAUUCUGUGAAAUUUGCAAAAAGAAGUGAAAAAUGUAUUAAAAUUUUACAAAAAAUAUUUUUAAAUAAAGGGCCAUCAUCAAAUAUAAAUGUUAAACCUCUUGUUUAUUUUUUGAAACAAUUUGUUGAUUCGAAAAAUACAAAUUUAAAAAAUGCAUCCAUUCUUUUAUUACAAAUAUUAUCUAAAAAUUUUGGUGAUAAAAAUGUAUUGUCUUAUUUAGAGGGCAUAUCUGAAAAUAUAAGACAAGUAGUAAAAUUAAAAGAGGAUUUAGACAAGUUUCUCCAAAAGCAAGGUACAAUUAAUUUGCAAACAUCUUCUGCCUCAAUUUUAACUAAAAGUAAUUAUGACAAUAAAAAUACAAGUUCAGUUGCUAUUAGCUCUGGAACAGAUAAUAAAAUAGGAGAUAAACAUUUAAGAAAAACAAACAUAAUGAAUGAAAAUAAAUCAACAGAUGGUAUAUCCGAGGUAUCGAAAUGGGAAAAAGGUAAUGACAAACAAGCCAAUUCGAUUAUGCAUUUUGAAAAUCACGAUGAAAAUAUGGAUGAUGAUAAUACUACAACAUAUAGUAGAAAAACUAUAAAUACUAAUAUAUUAACAAAUAGAGAUCAAAUAAAUAAAUAUCAAAAUAAUGAAAAUGAGGAAUAUAAAAAUAGUGAUGGAAAUCGUUUGAAAAAUAAUACUAUGGUAGAAAUUAAUUACACAAACUCAUAUCUAAAUUAUAGUAACUCAAUUGUACAGAAUAACAAAAAUAAUAAGGCUGAAAUUGAUGAAAGAAUAACAAUGGGAAAUAAAAAGGAAGCAAUGGAUGCAGAAAGUAUAAGAGAUAAAUUUGGAGAUGAUGAUGAUGAAAGAAUGGUAAAAAUUGGAGACAUAAUAAAAGAUUGUGUUAAUAAAAUAAGUGCAGAAAAUAUUAACAGUACAGGUAAUAAUUACAGCAAUAGUGAACAUACAAAUAUUGGGCAUUCAAACAUACCAGCAAAUAUAGCUAAUAAAAUAACAAACAAUGUUAUAAAAAUAAUAAAUAUUAUUGAAAAAAUAGGAAAGUAUUAUAUAGAUCCUGAUAAAUUAGAUAUGUUAAUUAAUGAUAAUAUUUUAAAAAAAAUAUAUAGUUGUAAUAAAAAUAAAUGUGUGCAAUUAUUAUAUGUUCUUUUAUUUUCAUUGAGAGAAAAUGCAUAUAUUUAUUCGGAUGUCAUUUUUGAAUUUAUUAUAAAAAUGAUUGAAGACACAGAUAUCCCUCUUGAUCAAAUCGAUAAACUUUUAAUAUGUAUGUGUAAAAAUAUAGGUAUUUCAAAAUAUAUAAGUCUUAUAAAUAAUUAUAUUUUAAGUGAAAAAUUAAAUAAUAUUAAAUCAUCAAAUAAGUUGCUUAGUCAAAAUUCUGGGGGAAGUGGAAAUAAUAAUUCUUAUAUUUCUCAACAAAAUGGACAUAACAUAAAACAUACAAAUAGUAAUAAUAAUCUAGGGAAUAAUAAUAAAAAUUUUAAACAAUUUUCAAAACGAAAUGAAAUAUUAAUAGUUAUAAAUAUUAUUAAUACAAAUCAUAUUUUAUUAUUAAAUGAAAAUGUUAUACAAAAAAAAGUUUUAAAAUUUUAUUUAGAUUUAUUUUUUGAAGAUAAUGAACAUAUAAGAGAAAAAUCAAGUAAUGUUUUAGAUAACAUUUAUUCAAAAUAUGGUGCAAAUAUUUUUUUUAAUAUAUAUGAAAAAUUGUCUGCUCAUAAAAAAGAAUGUCUACAUGAUAUUCUCAACCAAAUGAAAUUAAAUAGUGAUUUCUCUUUUUUUAAAAUAUUCUCAUCAAAUAAUUCACAAGUAAAAAGAUUGUCAAACAAUGAAAGUAACAUCAGUACUAUUUCAUCAUCAAAUUUCCUAAAAUCAAAAAACAUAAAACGAUUAAAUUCUUUUACUAAAACAAAAACUUUAAAAAUCGAGUUUCCACCAAAUUAUAAAAUUAAACCAGAUAAAUUAAAAUGGGAAAAAAACCUUGAUCAAUCACAUCUCAAUUAUUUGAUGAAGGAAUUCAAGUUGUUUGGUAGUCAAGAGCUAGUACUUUGUAUGUUUUCUAAUAACCCCACGAUGAUCAAUCGGUGCAUAUCCUUUUUUAAAGAAUAUUUAAGCAACAGUUCGAACCAGUCGACCUUUUUUUCAAAGUGCCGAUUUUUAGAUUUAUUAUUAAAAUGGAUAUUUUAUUCUUUGAGUGUAAAUCAAAAUAAUAAAGAACUGCUUGUUGAGUUUAUAAAUUUGAUUAAAAUGAUUUUAAAAACAUUUGAAGAUAAUUAUGUUUUAUUAAAUAAUCAAGAGCUAGUUAUUUUGGUGCAUUUUAUUUUUGAUAAAUUAAAUAAUACUGUUGUUACCCCAGAAAUUAGUAAUAAGUUUAAGGAAAUUCUUCUUUCACUAUGCUAUAUCUCGGAUCAUAAAUUAUAUUUUUCUUAUCUUUUGAAACAUGCAUCCUCCUGUAGCCCAAAGAAAAUAUGUGAUGCUUUAGAUAUAUUACUCAAGCUUAUCGUUUUAUAUAAAGACAAAUGUUUAAAUAUUGAAAAGGAUGUCAUGAAGAUUCUUCAGAUUUUUACAGUUCAUAGCAAAAAUAAAAAUGUGACAUUUUAUUGUUUAAAAAUUUUUGCUAAUAUUCAAAAGUUUUGUCCAAAUCUUUAUAAGGGGAUAGACAAUGAUGAUAUAGCUUAUUACUUAAAAAGCAAGGUUGACGAAUUUAUCGAAAAAUGGCCAAAUUAUAAUGAGUCGUCAAAUGAUAUUCAAGAAAAUAAAAAUAUUAGUUCAUGUCCUAGUGAUAAUUCUGAAGGAAUUGUCAAAGACGAAGAGUAUGAAAAAUUACUAAAUUACAUAAGGGCCAAUGCAGAAAAACGGAAUGCCAUAAAAAAUGAAGUAGAAGAAAAUGUUAACGAAUUUCAAAACAGUGUUGAGGAAAUUUUAAAAGUGAAAAAUAAAAUAGAGAACACUGAAAUUCACAAAAUAAAUGAAGAUUACAUAAAUAGCCAAAUAGCAUGUACUAGUAUAUCAAAAAAUUUAAAUUUAACAAUGAAUGGAAAUAAUUAUUCAAAAACUAAGGAAUUGUUCCAUAUUUUAGAAUCAAAGAAUAAUGAAAAAGCAGAUGGAUCAAAUACUUAUGAAAAUUCGAUGAUAUAUUUUCGUUUUGUUUAUCUUGCUUCGUUUUUAUACUCCGACAAUGUUGAGACAAUUUCGAAGGUAUGCAAAAUAAUUGUGGAGAACAUAAUACAACUUGGGAAAAAAAGCAAAAAUGGAAAUUUUAUAUUACGAGAAAGCGGGAAUUAUGUCUUUAAAAAUUUUAAUUUAUUUAUUAUACUUAUUAAAGGAGCAAAUUUUGCAUUAAGAUAUUUAUUUCAAAAAAAAUUUGAUAUGGAUUUAAAUUCGUCAUUUAUUCAUUUUAAUGCAAUACUAAGUACAGUUUUAUUAGUAGACAUAUUGAUGAAGAAAAAAAGUUGUAUAGCUAAAUUAUCAUAUGAUCAUUUUUCCUUUUUUUUUAUUAACACAAUAGUAUGUUUAAGUAUAUAUACAAAAAUAAUACACACAAAUAAUUAUAUAUAUUUAUUUAAAAAUGGAGAAAUAGCACGUAGUUUAGUUACAAGUAUAUUAAACAAUUUAUUAGGACGUGAAUUUUUAACUAACCAUUCAAAAUUGUUAGAAUAUGUUUGUAAUGUCUCAUUUAAUUUAGGAUUUGAUAUUAUGAAAAAUAAUGCAAUAUUAAUUGAUGAUAUAUGUGACCCUAAUGAAUUUUAUAUAUACAUAAAUACUUAUGUUAAAAUUUUAAAUAAAAUAUAUAAAAAAAUUAUGGCCAAAAUUUCUGAAGAAAAUAAAAAAGAAAAUAAUUUUGUAUAUAGAAUAUUAAAUAUAAUUUUUACGAGUUUAAAUAAAUAUGAUAUAUUUUUGUCUAAUAUUGAAAAUGAAAAAACAAGGAAGAGAAAAAUAGAUAAUAUACAUGAAGAAGAAAUGUUAAAUAAAAUGAAAAAUGCAAAUCAAAUUAUUAACAACAUGCACAGUAAUAAAAAAAUGUGUAACGACAAAUUAGUUACUGAAAGAUUAAAUGAUGAAGAAACCAAUGUUCAACUUGGCUAUAAUUCAGAUGCUUCUGUCUAUGAUUGUAAAACUACAUAUUAUGAAAACUUAAAUAUCGAUUAUAUGAAUAAUAGUACAAAUUUGGUGAUAAAAACUGGAAGUGUUAAAAGUGCAAGUAUACAAAAUAGUGUAUCAAAAAAUGUUAGCAAUAUUAAUGGUUAUUCAAAUUCUCGAAAUAAAAAUAGUUUAGACGAUGGAAUUUAUAGUGAAUCUGCUAAAAGAAAAAGAGACUCAUAUACAAAUGCUGAAAUGGAUACAAUAAACAAAAAUCGAGCCGAUUUUAUGGAUAAAUAUUUAUUUUUUAUUCAAUUAAUUUUUUAUGGUAUUAAAAAAAAUAAUCCAUUAAUUCUUAUGGCAUAUAUUAAACAUGAACUUAUAAAUAGUUAUAAUGAAAAUAUAAAAUAUUAUUUUAAAAAAUUAGAAAUAUUAUUAAAUAAAGAUUUAAAACAUUCUGUACCAAAUGUUAAUAUAAAUAUAACUUCAGAUAAUUAUUUAUUAGACUUUUCAUUUGAAGAAUUUAUAAAUCAAAAUAGCCAUUUUAAAGAUACAGAAAAAUCUAUUUUUGAAUCAUAUCAAAAUGUUCUUAAUCAAUAUUCAACUUUUGAAUCAGAAAUUAUUUACAACAGUUUUGAUUUAUCUAUUGAUGAUGUUAUACAAAAAAAAAAAGAAUUUUUGGAAUCUCUCAAAACUAUAAAUAUUAAUGAAAUCACUUUUAAUAAUAAUAAAUUUGAAAACUUAAAAGAAAGUAUAUAUGAAUAUAUUAACGAUUUAGAAAAUACACAUAUGAUGGAUGAAAUUCAAAAUGCUGAGAUGUCCUUUAGUUAUGAUUUCCUUUGUACUAUGUAUAGGAUCCCAAUCGAUUCAGACAAAUCAAAAAGUGUUUAUCAAAGUAGUAAGCAAUUAGAAAAUACUAGACAAAAUGAGCCAUCUCAAACAGAUAAAAGGAAAGAGAUACAUUCAAGUGAUCCAUUAGACAAUGGACAUGAUAAUGAUCAGCCAUCAGAAAAAAAACUAAACAAUAAUAAUAAAAAUGAAGAUAGUAAUAAAAAUGAUUUUACUUAUGAAAAGGAAACAAAAAAUGGGUAUAAAUCUGAUACAGAAAAUAAUAACAAAUUAACACGUAUUAGUCAUAAUAUAUAUUUAAGAAAUGAAACUGUUGAAAAUAUAGAUAUGAAUGAGUUGCAAAAAAAAUAUAACCAAGACCAUAGUUUUUGUGAAAAUAAUGAGCAACCACAACAUGAUGAACAUAUUAAUCAGUAUAAUUAUAAACCAGAUCAAGACAAAGAAAAUGAUUUAUUUUGUCAAAAUAAAAAAAGUAUAUAUAAUAAGCAAACCGAUUUAAACGCUUUUAGUUAUGAAGAAAAUGAUAAAGAUAAUGCUAACCAAUUUGAAGAUAAACAUAAUCGAUCUAUAAAUAAAAAUAGUGGCUAUCUAAGAAAUGCAACACCAGAUCCAGAACUUAGCAAAGAUCAAUUAGAAAUUAAUUCAAUAACUAGUACCCCAUUUAAUGAACUUGUAAAAUGUAGUAAUAAUGAUAUUGAAGAUGAUGAAUAUGCAGAAGCCAUGAAAUACACACCCGGAAAUUAUUCCCACAUAUGUGUAUCUAAUUGUAGUAAAAAUUAUGUAGAGGAAACAGGAAAGGAACAAGAAAAGGAUGAUGAACAAGGUGAACAACCAAAUGAUAUUGGCAUGGCUAGAAGAAAAUGUAAUGCAUCAAAUUUUUCAGAAGUUAUAAAUGAGGACGAGCAUUCAGUAGAUUUCCAACAAAAUAAAGAAUCUGAUAUUUAUGAAAAAUUGAAUGAUAAUAUAGAAAAUUCGAUAAGAGGAUGCUCGAACAGUUCAUAUAAAAAUGAAAAAGAAAUAAAUAAUCCACAUUUUGUUCUUAGAAGGACAAAAUUAACUGAUAAAGGAUUUAAUAUUUUCGAUAGAAAUAAACAACCUAAUUCCAAAAAUGCAACAGCCCCUAAAACAUUCUUAAAAAGUAAAACUAAUGUUAAAAAUUUAAUUAAUAAAUAUGAAUCUCAACGAGAAAGACCUAAUUUAUCUAAUUUAAAAACAAAUACAAUUUUUUCCCAAAAAAAAACAGAAAACUAUCAUCAUAAUAGUGGUAUAAAUAAUAGAGAAGCUAAUAAAAUAGCUGCAAAUAAAAUUCAUAAAUUUGGUUAUACCAAUAAACUAAUUUCAAAUGGAGAUAACAAUAGUAGCAACAAAGAGAAAAAACAUUCUUACGAAAGAAGCUUAACUUCAGUUUCUGAUUUAAAAAAUAGACGAGAUCGAAAAGACAUGUACAAUUUGACUAGCCAUAUUUCAAAUGAUUUAGGCUUAAAAUCUUUCCCAACUAGUAGUAGUGUUUCUUCUAAUUUUAAUGAUAGAAAAAAUUAUACUCAUCCCUCAACCGAUACUAGACUAAACAACAUUUUUGAUAACAAACUCCACGAUGAUCAUAACAGAGAAAAUAUAUGCAGUUCUACAAAAAGAAAAAAUCAAAUUACCAUUCCAAUUCCAAUGAAAAAAAGUAUAUUAUAA